AUGUUAAAAUUUAAACGGAAAAAUAAAAUUUAUUCAAAAUAUGAAGAUUUUUUUGCGGCUUCGGAUUUGAAAGAUCCUGACCAACCUCAAAGAAUAAAUUUGACCAUUGAGGACUUUGAUGCCAAAGGAAAAGUGGCAAAUCCCCGAGCACCUUGCGUUGUAACUACAAUAGAUCCGAAUUAUACAAAGGACGCUGCAUUACAAAGAAUAACUAAAAAGUUUCGAAUGAAAACAGAUAUAUUAAGACUGCGAGAAAUAACACGAAAGAAAUUCGUUAUCUAUGCUACACAGCAAAAGUACUUAGAAAAGCAAAGGGAAAGGGCUUUCCAAGAUAAUGCAUAUCAACAUAUUACCGACUUUCAAGAGUUUGCUUUUAAUGCCCUUCGCAAAAUGGAAUCAAGUGCCUUUAAGGAAAUGCAACAAGUACAAAAACAGUGGCUGGAUUUGCAAAAGUUAAAAAUAAGUGAGGAACUAAGAAAUAUAGCCGCAGAUCAUCAGCGAAUCCUAAUGGAAGUGCAAGAAGUGUACGCCAGGUUUUUGUUUCUUUUGAAAUUAAUUAGCUAUUUCGACGAAAUAAUAUCACCUGAAGACAUAGACAAUGACCAAGUGAAGGGGAAUCUCCCACUUCCAAAAAAUGUUGUUGAAUUGGAAAUAAACGAAAAAAAUCCAGUAGGCCAAAGUGAAGUUUCCAACAUCAUUAUAUAUAUGGAUAAGGUCGUAAGACCAUACCUAGUCAAGAGAAACCAUCUUAACGCCGAUAUAUGGAUCAAGGGUUACGAACGCACAAGACAAAAAAUUUUCAAUUAUAAUCGACGAUUUGCUCAGGUGGCUUUACUAAACCACCUGGUGUCUGUUGUUCAUGACAAAUCGGAAAAAACAUUUACAAGAAGAGUGACGCAGCCUAUAUUUUUAGUAGAUACCGAAUUUCUCCAAAACCGUAUAAAUUCUUUAAUGAAGCACUCACUGGCAAUUUUAUGUGAUUUUGAAAGGCGCCAAAAGAAAGAUAAACUUCAAUUGUUGAUUAAUUCAAUUGUUCCAGUAAUACUUCAUCGCAUUGAAUACAAAAUUUCAAAACCUAAUGAUUUUCCAAGAAGUGCAAUAACAGCAAAAUCUCAAAAUACUUCUGCGGAGAAGAGUCAAUCAUCAUCACCGAAUCUUUUACAUGAUUUGGAAAGAUAUACUCCAGAUAAAUGCAAACAAGUUGAAAUGGGUGUAAGAAAACGUUUAGAAAUGCAGAAGGACUUUUCACGGCGUGCACUGAUAAAACAAAAUCGUCUACACAAUUGGAUGAAGCAUUAUAAAAAACACGAUAUUUUACGAGAAAAAUGA